CAAGUUGGCGGGAGCCUAUAAAAGCCGGAUCCUGAGACCCGCGACACACACUGUAAGACCGCUAGACAGACCUCAACUGCGGCUCCGUCCCAAGUGCCGGCGCGACCAUGUCCCACCACUGGGGAUACGGCAAGCACAACGGACCAGAGCACUGGUACAAGGAAUUCCCCAUUGCCAAUGGAGAGCGUCAGUCCCCUGUGGACAUUAACACCAGCACUGCCCAGCAUGAUCCCACCCUACAGCCACUGAGCAUAUGUUAUGAUCAAGCUGCUUCCAAGAGGAUUCUCAACAAUGGUCACUCCUUCAACGUUGAGUUUGAUGACUCCCAGGACCAUGCAGUGCUCAAAGGAGGACCCCUCAGUGAUACCUACAGGCUGAUCCAGUUCCACUUUCACUGGGGCUCAUCUGACGGCCAGGGCUCUGAGCACACUGUGAACAAAAAAAAAUAUGCUGCAGAGCUUCACUUUGUUCACUGGAACACCAAGUACGGGGAGUUUGGAAAAGCUGUGCAUCAACCAGAUGGACUGGCUGUUCUGGGUAUUUUUUUGAAGAUCGGACCUGCUAACCAAGGCCUUGAGAAAGUCCUCAAUGCACUGAAUUCCAUUAAAACAAAGGGAAAGAGCGCUGUCUUUGCUGACUUCGAUCCUUGCUCUCUUCUUCCUGGAGAGUUGGACUACUGGACGUACCCUGGCUCUCUGACCACUCCACCUCUGCUGGAAUGUGUGACCUGGAUCGUGCUCAAGGAACCCAUUACUGUCACCAGUGAGCAGAUGUCUCAUUUCCGCAGACUGAAUUUCAAUGCAGAGGGGGAACCUGAAGAACUGAUGUUGGAUAACUGGCGUCCGGCUCAGCCACUAAAAGACAGAAAACUCAGAGCCUCCUUUAAGUAAAAUGGUCCUGGAGGUGGCAUCCAAACAACAGAAGUGCGGCACCUCUCUGUAUCUAAGCACAGUUCUACCCUGUGAUUUGGAUCCCACCUUUUUUCUGGUGUUGUAGGCCUUUCAUCCCUUGCCUGUUGUGCUUACUAAUAAAAUGUGAAGAACAAGGCCCAGGUGUCUCAUGCAGUGAUACUGUGGUGUCAGGCUUACGGCAUACCUUCUCAGUCACAGUAACCUGAUACAAAGGACAGACAUGGCCUCUUGCCUUUCUUCAGAGCCAUAGAAUGAUGGGUACUCAGGCCUGUUUGCUAACAUAUUACUUUUGAAACAUGGAAGUAGAAUGGUUGAUUAUAAGUCGAUAUUGUGAGAAAAACAGAAAAUUUAGGUAAAUCAGGUAAAAUAGUCGAGUUUUAUGAUUAUGAAUUAGAUAAAUGUUCACUAUUCCAAGAUGUUAUAUUAAAGAAAAACUUUAAAAAUGCUUAUAUAUUUGUAGCAAAGUUUAUCUUAAUAUAAAUAUGUUCUAACUUCAUGACUUGAUUUCUAGAGGUGCAAAUGAAGAUGUAAAAAUUGAUAUAGUUGUAAUACAGAGUAUAUUUCCCUUCAGAUAACAUCAUAACUUAAUGGAUAAUGUAUUUUAGAUAUAUUCUGUAAUAAAAUUCAGAAUUCUGUUC